GGGAAGGCUAAAUUCAAAGUCCCAUCUCAAUUUCUCAUAUCACUUCUUAAGAUCUUCAGACUUGCGAUCAAAGAAAAUGCACAAGAUACAUACUUACGAUUAUAAUGGCUCACACAUCAAGAGAAAACGUAGAGAUCUUGGUUCACACAUCGGCACCAAGUCGAGGCCAAGAUGAUACUAAAUACCGAGCAUUUGCAAGAGCCUAUUUAAAUUUCGAAUCAGCAACAAGCCUACAAUUACGAGACGUUCCUCAAGACGAUACGGGAUAUGGUGAAGAAUUGGAGGGUCUGACUGAAGCGUCGCAAUAUUCAACGCAGAGAUACGAUGAAAAUGCAUCUUAUUGUCCACCAACCCAAGAGCCAGAGACGAAUCCGGGGGCACACCGCGAAGUCCCUCAGGAGGAAUUAUCUGACCUAAUGUACUCGCCGCAACUGUCUUUUCGAAGUGUUUUGGAUAAUCGGAAUUCUCCCAUGUUUCGAACUCGGAGCAGGACUUUGAUGAGCUUGCAAGCACAGUCUGGAGGCGAAACACCGGAGCAGAGCCGUCUUGAAUUGGGAACAAGUCCUGGACACAAAACGCCGUGGAGGAGUCAAUUUAUGGAUUCAUUGCCAGCGCCAAAAAGAGAAUCUAGUGUAAUCGAGGAUUCCAUGCUUGAGAAUGAUCGAAUACUUGCUCAAUUUUCAUCUCCAAGGAGGAUUUCGGAGCUACAUCAACAACAAGAGGAGAGCACACAAGAUAGUCCUGACGCGAAUGGGAUACCACAGUUUACGGAUGAGAGUAGCUUAAACCUUGAAGUACCACUAGCAAUACCAAUUACUAGCUCUCAAAAUGGCAACGCUCAUGCCAAUUUUGACACUGACAUUUCACUACCACCCCGUCGUUUCCAAACGAUUUCUCCUCCCUAUCGACGACAUAAAGCUGAAUAUCAUUAUGUUCAUGCACUUCCAAUUGCGACUUCCGAUGCAGAUGAUCUUAAUACGAUAAAUUCUGAUAGCUUCAAUAAUAUGCAGGCUUCAGGGCAGGCUGCGAAUACUUCAAGUCGACGUGCAAGUCAAACUACAGAGAUAGAAGAGGAAGCAGAGUUUACGAAUGAAGACAUGAAUUUGGUUGAAGUUCCAAAGAAGGGGUCAAUAUCUGAUACACCUGAGAUUUCAGAAUCAUCUAGCUCGCUGCCCCAACAUGUGCACAGCAAGCGUCAGCGACUUGAUUUUCCAUCGUCAUUAGACAAGAGCCCCAAGAGGAUGAAGUUGGUAAUAUCAAAUACCACGGCUGAAACUUCGUCGGCGACUCUUCCCGCACCUCAAAGACUUCCCACAUCUACAGCACCCGGAGUACCAAAAACUUCCGGUGUUCCAAGCUCCGUUCCUUCAAGCUCCAUUCCUCCAAUGUCGAGCUUGCCGUCUGCAGCAUCUUUGGGAGCAUGCAGAAUUCCGUCUUUCACGCCCCCCACUUCUGCUGGUGAUUUCAAGGAGACGGAUAUCUUUACGCCUUCAUUGAGAAAGAUCAAAGCAAACCGUGGAAAUUUCAAUGGAUUGCAAAAGAAACAUUUUAAUCCUACUUUCCAGACUCGGCCCUGUCGCCCAUUGGAGCGCGGAUAUUGGCUCAUUCAUGCAGAAGAUCUCGGUGAUCUUCUCAAGAAAAGACUUUGGUCUUACCUUUUUCGCGUCAUUCCGAAAGGCGAUUUGGGGUGGGGCAUAUCAGCUGAACGUACCAAUGAUUGGAAUACUGUAAGGGUUUAUUGUUGGGGUGGGGUUGUCAAAGAAAUAUACCUGAUACUUUUUUGUGCUAGUGAAAACAAGCUGAAAUACGGGGAUGCGUGCUGGAAAGACGCUGACGGGGAAAUUGUGAUCUUGAUGCCCAAGGAGAUCAAGAUCUCAAGCUUCAGUUCAGCGAACUAAGCAUAGGAUAUCGUAUAAACCUGAUAACCUAGUCGUUACUUCUACCCCUCAACUUUGGAUAUGCCCAGAGACCCGAGAAGGCGAUACUAUCCGGAGUAAAAUAUAUCGACAUGGCCGAUCAUCGAUUCCUCACGAGGCUUGUGCAUGUGAACAUAUUGAUCGCCAUGAAUCUACAAAGCGAAUGCUGGCAUGCUUGAUGGGUCUUCUUUGCUUGUGACUUUGAGGUCUACCGGAAGACAUUUGGUGUAUCGUCUACCCCAAACCGGAUAGGCGAGAAAUCACUACUAGAUUACAGAUAUCCUAUCUCUGUGCAAAAUAACCAUCAUUAUAUGCAAGUGGUGCUUUCUGGGGAUAUAGAGCAAUUUUGUGUAUGAAAGACGAAAGAUUAGCCCAAGAUUGCACUGAUUCACGUCAUCGUUCCACUUAGUUUGUCUAGUCUCAAAUCAAUUUCACAACAGCACACUGAAAUUCUGUGGCCUCCUUAAUUUUACUACAUUGGUAUUUAUAUUCAGCCUAUUCCUGAAUUACUGAAAGCUAUGAAGUGUGUUCCA